AUGCUUACCGUUGUUGUACAUUGUACCAGGAAAUUUGUUGCUGUUCAAACAAUGCCACAGGUGGUGCUAUCAUGGUUGGCAGUUGUGAUAUUUAAUUCUGCUAUGCUUUUAUCUUCAAUAUCUAUUGGCCGUACAUUGGUAUUUGCCAUCCCUGAGCUGCUAGUACGAGCUCAAAUGAAGUCCAAUGAUCUGUUUGCUAUUGCCACUGGAUAUGGCGUAGUAUCAAUUGUUAUUGCCAUCUCUAGAGAUGCAUUUGUUCGUGUGGCUUAUGGGGGUACACACCUUGUAGCUUUGGAGAUGCAUCUGAUUUUCUUCAUAUGGAUUUUGUUCAUUCCUCUUUGGAUCGGUUUUCUGGUUGAUUUAACACUGCUUUCACCCUUCAUCGGGCCUGGUAAUGGUGUUCCAGUUCUAGACUUUUUCUGCACUUGGGCCCUGGGGCGGACAACACAGAUUUAUGGGAUAAGAUUGGCUCGUCGGUACAAAGUCAAAGGCGGGCUCCUUUCCCUGGCCGAUUCAAUUGAGCACUAUUGGACCAGAGACAAGCUGGAAUCUCUUUUGAAGAUGGGACCUUUUGCAACGAAGCUAGUCGCUGCUCUGGGUGUUCCUUAUGUGCUCGCCAAGGGUGUCUUCCCAAGACUAGGCUACCCAGCUGCCGUAAACUCCAUGGUCUACCAUUUCGCGUGGUUGGGCUGCAUCGCCUUCUAUGCACUCUGCUAUCUCGCGAAAGUAGCCUUCACGAUGCUCCAUGAUUCUAUUAGGGGAUCGUUAUUGGCCGAGCAGAUAUACCGAGAGCCUCUCUAA